AGAUUUGGAGACCCCUGGAGGUGGGCUGAGGAAGCGACCUCCACCCAUCCCCGCCACCACCACCACGGCCACCGCCACCCUCAAAAAUAGUACAAAAUUUCCAUGUCAUUUAUAGGAACUAUGUCGUUCUCUAUCCUUCCUCCUACUUCUCCGCCUUGCGCCACCACCAAGGCUCUACUCUCCACCGUUCCUCUUUUCUCGCUUUCCCCCCACCCUUCAUCUUCCCUUAAAACCCACCAAAUCCCCACCACAUAUUCCCUUUUUUCUUGCUCUACAAGGACUAUGAAAGCCCCAAGGUGUUCAUUUUCAAGGUUGAGUGGUGGAGGAGAAGACGAUGAGGAUGAGGAUGGAGAAGAAGUAGCAGAGGAGGAAGAGAUGGGUGCUUCUGUGGUGCCUGAGAGAUGGGAUGUGUUGGGUCUUGGCCAGGCUAUGGUAGAUUUUUCUGGAAUGGUGGAUGAUGAAUUUUUAGAGAGAUUGGGACUAGAGAAGGGGACGAGGAAAGUUGUGAAUCAUGAGGAGAGGGGUAGAGUCUUGCAGGCGAUGGACGGUUGCAGUUACAAGGCUGCUGCUGGUGGAUCCCUUUCCAACAGCCUUGUGGCCUUAGCAAGACUUGGCGGUCGGUCCAUUGGAGGCCCCCCCUUAAAUGUUGCCAUGGCAGGCAGCAUAGGAAGUGAUCCCUUGGGCGGUUUCUACAGAACAAAAUUGCGUCGGGCAAAUGUGAAUUUUCUCUCUGCACCUGUUAAGGAUGGGACAACGGGGACAGUGAUAGUUCUCACGACUCCAGAUGCUCAGCGUACGAUGCUUGCAUAUCAGGGCACAUCUUCUACUGUUGAUUAUGAUGCAUGCUUGGCUAGCACAAUUUCAAAGACGAACAUACUUGUUGUCGAAGGAUAUUUGUUUGAACUUCCUGACACUAUCAGAACAAUUACAAAAGCAUGCAGGGAGGCGCAUCAGAAUGGUUCUUUAGUUGCAGUGACAGCAUCGGACGUCUCUUGCAUUGAGAGGCAUUACGACGAUUUUUGGGAAAUCAUAGGCAACUACGCCGGUAUCGUGUUUGCAAACAGCGAAGAAGCAAGAGCAUUGUGCCAUUUUUCCUCGAAGGAAAGCCCGGCCUCGGCUACUAGGUAUCUUAGCCAUUUUGUUCCCUUAGUAUCUGUCACUGACGGCCCAAGAGGCUCGUAUAUUGGCAUAAAAGGAGAAGCUGUAUAUAUCCCUCCUUCACCGUGUGUGCCAGUGGACACUUGUGGAGCUGGCGAUGCAUAUGCCUCCGGUAUUCUGUACAGUUUUCUCCGGGGAGUGUCUGAUGUGAAGGGCAUGGGCACAUUAGCCGCAAAGGUGGCAGCCACCGUCGUUCACCAACAGGGCACCCGGCUUAGUGUUCAUGACGCCGUUGAACUGGCGGAGUCAUUUGCAUUCCAUCUCAACAGUUCCACCAUCCGGUCGGACAUUGGUUCUGACCAUAUUUCUAGUCUGUGAUCCGGUUCUACCACAACGGCUCCACCGUUCGAACGUGACCAGGCAUUGGUGCCAACAUAAUUCCCUGGCGAUUCUUGGUCGAUUUGUCAAUUGUUUUUAGACUGAAUUCACAACAUUUUGCAACUCUGUACAUGAUGCUCCAUAUAGGGGGUGUUUGGUACGGAAUAGGGAAUGGAAAUGAAUAUUUUGUUUUCAUUCCCAUUUCUUAGU